AUGCGCACUCGAGUCAGAAUCCCCCCACCAGCAAUCACCCAAAGAUCUUCUUUCUCACUGUUCACCGCGAGCGGCGUUCCAAUCACCCAGCGGAUGGGCUGGGAUGUUGUCUUUGGAUACUUUCAAGGAGAGCAUCAAAGAGAACCCACCACCUCAGAAACAGCGGCGCUGAGACAGAUCCUUUCAUCCCAACCCAUCAUCGCCAUCCGUGCCAAUGCUGACGGAAAGAUCCCAAAACCAAAGGGAGAAAUCCACAAAGCAUAUUCCUUGGCCGACCUCCGGCUCGACGAUGAACUGGAUAAUAUUCGGAAUUUCGUGAACAAGAAGGUCGAGGAUAGCCUUGACAUGACCAUCUCAUUUGCGUCAAACAAGAACAGACACCACCGCGAGAUCAACAGCAUCCACCAGGCUGUCCAUAAACAAUCACUAUCUGAUGCUGCCACUACUGACGUUCCUCAGGCCGCCAUUGCAUUCCCCAUCCUCUGCAAGUACAAAGCGAUGUGGCCCAUCAAUGACCUCAUCAAACUGAGGCUCAAGUACACGUCGGAAAGGGCACGCACAGCAGCAGCAACCCCUGCAAUCGCCAGCGGUAGUGGCAUGCAUCAGCAGAGCACUGACGAAGACAACGACGAUGAGAUCAUGGAUUCGGAUGAGAUUUAA